UACUCGUCCAAACCUGUCUCGUCAAUGAACCAACUGCUGGAAUAUAGCUAGUGUCUCGAAGUAUCUAAUCAAAAUGAAGCUGUGUGAAUACAGACUAAAACUGUGUGCUUUCCUGUGCAUGUGCAUCAUCAGGGACGUAACGUCAACCUACCUCUACAGGGUGUCACCAGCUGAUAACCAAAUGUACCCUGCAGGGUUAUAUGGAGGACCUGUGUAUGCCGAUCUCCAGGGCCAAGAAGGUAAUUUGUACGCUAGUGGAUACAACCGUGCAGAAUAUGAAAAUGAUGAUAACAGUGAAAGAUACUUGACUGAACUAGACAUGAUGAGUGCCUCUUAUGACCCUGUAUCCCAAAAAGUGUUAUUUCAAAUAGCUAAUAAAGACAGAAGUCAUGUGACAGUUGGGAUUGGGUCGUUAUGUAUCGGGACUGA